ACUCUCACCCCUUGACUUUUGGCCAGGAUCUGUGCUGAGCUGGCCGCAGCCGCUCUCGGCAGCACCUGGGACGUCUCAGGACAGCAGCAGGACUGCGGCCUCAGGAACCAUGCCCACCGUGGACGACAUUCUCGAGCACAUAGGGGGAUUCCACUUUUUCCAGAAACAAACGUUUUUCCUCCUGACUCUGUUCUCGGCUGCCUUCACGCCCAUCUACGUGGGCAUCGUCUUCCUGGGCUUCACCCCCGACCACCACUGCCGCAGCCCUGGGGUGGCCGAGCUGAGCCGGCGCUGCGGCUGGAGCCGGGCAGAGGAGCUGAACUACACGGUGCCGGGCCCGGGGGCCGCGGGCGACGCCUUCGCCCGCCAGUGCAGGCGCUACGAGGUGGACUGGAACCAGAGCGCCCUGGGCUGCGUGGACCCCCUGGCUGGCCUGGCCGCCAACGGGAGCCACCUGCCGCUGGGCCCCUGCGAGGACGGCUGGGUGUACGACACGCCCGGCUCCUCCAUCGUCACCGAGUUUAACCUGGUGUGUGCCAACUCCUGGAUGCUGGACCUGUUUCAGUCGUCAGUGAACGUGGGAUUUUUUGUUGGCUCUGUGGGUAUCGGCUACGUAGCAGACAGGUUUGGCCGUAAGCUCUGCCUGUUUAUUACGAUCCUCAUAAAUGCGACAUCUGGAGUUCUCAUGGCCAUUUCCCCAACCUAUACGUGGAUGUUAAUUUUUCGCUUGAUCCAAGGACUGGUCAGCAAAGCAGGCUGGUUAAUAAGCUACAUCCUGAUUACAGAAUUUGUGGGGCCGAGCUAUCGGAGAACAGUGGGGAUUUUUUACCAAGUUGCCUUUACCGUCGGGCUCCUGGUGCUGGCUGGGGUCGCGUAUGCACUUCCUCACUGGAGGUGGUUACAGUUCACAGUUACUCUGCCCAACUUCUGCUUCUUGCUCUAUUACUGGUGCAUACCUGAGUCUCCAAGGUGGCUGAUCUCCCAGAACAAAAAUGCUAAAGCCAUGAGGAUCAUUAGACACAUUGCAAAGAAAAAUGGAAAACCUCUGCCUGCCUCUCUUCAGAGCCUGAGACCUGAUGAGGAAGUGAACGAGAAGUUGGACCCUUCCUUUCUUGACUUGGUCAGAACCCCUCAGAUAAGGAAACGUACUUUGAUCUUGAUGUACAACUGGUUCACGAGCUCUGUUCUCUAUCAGGGCCUCAUCAUGCACAUGGGCCUCGCAGGGGACAAUAUAUACCUGGAUUUCUUCUACUCUGCCCUGGUUGAAUUCCCAGCUGCCUUCAUCAUCAUCUUCACCAUUGACCGGGUCGGUCGCCGUUAUCCUUGGGCUGCGUCAAAUAUGGUGGCAGGAGCAGCCUGUCUAGCCUCAGCUUUUAUCCCUGAUGAUCUACAGUGGCUAAAAAUGACCGUUGCGUGCUUGGGCAGAAUGGGGAUUACAAUGGCUUUUGAGAUGGUUUGCCUGGUCAACGCGGAACUGUUCCCCACAUUCAUUAGGAAUCUCGGUGUCCUCGUCUGUUCCUCAAUGUGUGACAUUGGUGGCAUCAUUGCACCAUUCCUGGUCUACCGGCUCACUGACAUCUGGCUUGAGCUCCCGCUGGUGGUUUUUGCUGUGGUUGGCUUGGUUGCGGGAGGACUGGUGCUGCUGCUGCCAGAGACCAAAGGGGAGGCUUUGCCUGAGACCAUUGAGGAAGCGGAAAACAUGCAGAGACCAAGGAAAAAUAAAGAAAAGAUGAUUUACCUCCAAGUUAAGAAACUAGACGUUCCAUUGGACUAAGAAGAGAGGCCUUUACUCCUGCUAUGUCCUUGCUUUGGUGAUGCCAAGGCUGGAAGCGGAGGUUUCUUCACUCAUCACAAAGCCCGUAUGCUCCAACCUUCUGUACCCUGGACCCCCUCAGCUUAGGCCUUCGGCCAAUGGAGUUUGUUGUCCCUUCUGUAAGAAUUCACCUCCGGGACCAGAUCCUGCCAGGCUCUUCCAGCUUACUCUGUUCUCAGCAUUCCUAGGACAGUGGCCACUAAUUUGCUGGAAUACAUAUUGGUAUUUUUUUUAUUCCUUUUCCCACAAUGACAUCAAACCAGAAUACAUAGGGGAACUGUGGGCCAGUGACACAGAAAAGAGCUGACAAACAAUAAAGUUGGGAGAGAUAGACUAUUUUCUUAGAGAAAUGAAACAUCCAACACAAUAUUGAGUUGUCCAGAAUGUAUGUCGAAAACUUUAAAUAGGCCUUUCAGUAUCAUAGGUGAGGAAAUUUAAAAUACAUUGAUUGUUAUCUGGAUUAGACUUGAAGGGGACCUCAAAUAAAAGAAUCAGCAAUACAACUUGAAUAAUCACCAAGUCCUUCUGUAGUUACACUGGAUAAGUACAAAUGUGUGAUUUCUGCAAAAGAUCUUGAGAAGAGUUCACUAAAGAGCAUUGCUGGCAAUAUUAACCCAGAGAUGAUAAUUUUUUAGUUCAGUAAAAAUUCCUCAAAAUUUUUGGACUUUAAAAAUUAUAUUAAUAUUUUAUCAAAGUAAUAUAGUAAAUAUAUUUUGAAAAGCUAAGUACUAUAAGGCUUAUAAUGAAAAACAAAAUUUCCUUGCCCUAUUCCACCUCUAUAAAAACCUUGGAGAAAAUUUUCAACUAUUGAGCUUUGUUUUCCCUAGAUUGAUCUCCAGGUAUCUAAAUAAUUUCUUUAUAUUGAUAUUUUUUGAUCUUUUAGUUUUAAAUAUUAUCUAUUGACUUUUUAAAAUUAAAAAAUGAAUAUUUAGCUCUCUUCAUCUCUCCUGUCAUCCCAACACACUACUUCUCUCUGCCUUUAAUCUUUGUAUUGUUACGUUUCUAUUAAAUCAAAUAGUGGACAUUCAUUCACCUCAUUGUGGCUGUUAUCAACGCUGAGCCACAUAGUAUACUGUGAGGAUGCUUCCUUUCUCUCACAGCAUCUUGUUUUUCCUGAACCUCAGUUUUUGUUGCUUUGUUUUCUAUAUAUUUGCCAUUAAUUUUCUCCCAAACUCUCUGACAGAGCAACAAAUCUCCUCUCAAUGUAUUUAAAAGCAUCACAUACUGGUUCCCUUUCUUACCUUUUUCUUGCGAGUCCUCCCACCUGGAAGCUCCAGGCCUCCCGCUCCACCUUGUCCUGGCUGAUCUCUAGGCUGCUGCACAGCUGUUGCCCAGCGCUGUCCUUCCCCACCUUCCUGAUCAUUCCAUUGCCUCUUUCUCUUGUUGGAUCCCCUGUCUCCUACAUCCAAGGCCAUCUCUUUGUUUUCUCUCUUGUUUUGAAGAAGCACAUCUUGCAAUCGCUUCCUGAGAAAGAGUGCGUGCCUGUCCUGCUCUCUCUUCUGUGGCAUCGGUGCUGAAACCCACAGAGUUCAUCUCCCAACCUCCUUUCCCCCUGGCUUCCUGUGAGGCUCUACCGAUGGGUAGCACUGGCCAGAGAGAAGCCGUUUUCCUUGUGUCUUGAAGAAGAGUCAGGCAGCUACAGUUGUAGCUGUGGGUGACCACAGUCAGAGGACGGAGGCUCCUGGCCCUGCUCAGUGGCACUGGGGUAGUUCUGACAGCUGCAGAGGCAGCAGAAGUGCCUCUGUCAACUUUAAGGCACCAAAAAGCUCUUGGGCUCCAGCCAGGAGCAACUGCUACUUCCUGGUCUUUGUGUAUAAACCCUUUCCUCUCUCUAGCAUAUCUUCAUCCUUUCUACUCUACGAAUGAUUUUGUAAACAAGUGUCUAUAUUAAAUUGCCUCCCUUUGAAA